CCGUCUCGUCGCCUAGCGAGGCAAUGGCGCGCCUCUCCCUGUCUGCGUUUACCCAAGUUGGCGUACACCCUUCUUUGUACGUGGGGCUGUUCGCCUCGCUUUCGAAGUUUGCCGAGGCUGAAGUCUACUUUCGAGUCCGCGCCAGCCUCUACGUCAGUGCGUAUUUCGACUUCAGUACAGCGGUCGGAACUACCUACCUUCUUGCCGGUCGUACCGACUCAUACUGCGACACUGCGCUGUUCGGCUGCUCGAAUACGUGCAGUGCCAAUCACGACACCCAGCUGAGCGUGAGCGUUGCCCUGCGCUUGGAUGCAGCGUACAAGCUCUACGCAAAGGCAGGGUGGGAACUCUGGACGGCGAGCAUCGGCGACCGGAAUGAGAAACCUCUCUUCCUUGAUCUCGAUUGGACAAAGACCCUGGCGACUUGGUGCUGGUUUCUCUUCCCGCCGUCUCCCCCACCUUCUCCGCCUCCACCUCCAUCCCCGCCUCCCCCUCCCCCACCUUCUCCGCCUCCACCUCCAUCCCCGCCUCCCCCUCGCAACGACAACUUCGACGGCGGCUAUGGCGGCAGCUAUGGCGGCGGCGGCUACGGUGGCGAUGGCGGCGACGGUGGCGGCGGCGGCGGCAUCUCUGUGGGCGUCAUCGCCGGUGGAGCGGGCGGUGCAGCAGCUGCUCUCGUCCUCGUCCUCGUCCUCGUGUGCGUGAUCAAGAAGAAGCGAGGACGCCCCACCCCCAGCCCAUCUUCGGAUCUCCCCGCCCCCCCUGUCGCCGUCGGCGUUCAGCUGCAUUCAGCGGCUGGGGCCUCGGCCGACGCGAUGCCGCAAGCGAUUCAGUCCGAAGAAAAGGAGGUUGAACCGGCCGUGCCCGUCUCCGUCGUCGAGGCGAAGACGCAGGCGACGCAGUCGGCUGAUCCGAAUGAAUCGGAACGCCUCAGCGGUACUUCUGCACGCCCCAGCACCUAGUCCGACGAGAAUCGGCACAAGCAAGAGUGCCCUCCUGGGCCCCCCCCUAAUAUCCGACACCGACAUCGACCAUUCCUAACUCUCGCCGUCGGUGCCAGCCGGGCGCGCUGACUUGCCUCCAUCUCCCAUUCUGCACCGUUGGGGUUGUAAACGGACACCGACACGUCCUGACUCUGCCGUCGGUGCCAGCUGGUGUGGCGCGUGCCGCCGCUUGCGCUAUUGCGUUCGCACAUAGCAUAGCGGCUCUGUCUGAGACGCAUUUGUGUGUGUGGGCAAGCACUCAGCCAUAGCAUGAGGAUUAGUUACUUUACCUCCAACAGCUGUUGUAUCUUUGGUUCUGACUGGUAGACUUACACCUUACAGCACUGGUAGCUCUUGCCUCUGGAGUCUGGUCCUCUGCGAACUAAUACUAUCUGCGUCGGGACUGGGGUCUCUAUUGAUUGACUACUCACAGUUAGUGUACUUUUAGCUUUUCAGUGUACUUUUAGCUUACUGGGAGAAAGAAAA